AUACCUGCAAAAUAGAGUGCAACGGAAGGCCAAUUUUAGUCUUUCACUGUACAAAAUAAUGGCAAAUCGUACUGCGUUCUCAUGUCUCUGUUUUCUAUUUCUUUGUGGAUGUGCUGGAUCGGCACUAAAUAUUUCGGAGGCUUUGUUCCAUCGUGAAGUGGGUAAUGGAACGCAAGGGCACGCCGUUGGCUUUGCACUUAACAGUACCGGAUGGUCUAUUAUAACCGGAAAUAUCUCUGCUGGCAGCACAGACCUACUCAUGCCCGAAUGGGUUUACUUGUCAGCAGGCGCCUAUUUGUUAUUCAUUAGUGCCAUCGGUUUGUUUAUGAACAUUGUGGUCGUCAUCAUCAUCCUGAAUGACCCGCAGAAAAUGACGCCCUUGAAUUGGAUGCUUCUCAAUUUGGCUUGCUCCGACGGUGCCAUUGCCGGUUUCGGGACACCUGUAUCAGCGGUCGCUGCUUGGCAAUUGACUUGGCCUUUUAGUCACGAGCUGUGCGUAGCCUACGCCAUGAUUAUGUCCACUGCAGGGAUAGGAUCCAUUACAACUCUAACAGUAUUAGCUCUUUGGCGAUGUCAACAUGUCAUCUGGUACUCAGCUAAACGCAAUGGGCCAUUUACCGAUCACAAUGGACGGCUUGGAUUUCGCCAGGGAGCUCUUCUUUUAACGCUCAUUUGGACUUAUACGCUGGCCGUCACGUGCCCGCCACUCUUCGGAUGGGGCCGCUACGAUCGAGAAGCAGCUCAUCUCAGCUGUUCGGUGAAUUGGGAAUCGAAAAUGGACAAUAAUCGAUCCUACAUUUUCUACAUGUUCGCAAUGGGAUUGUUUGUGCCGCUGGUGGCCAUCACCGUCUCCUACACCAGCAUCCUAAUCUUCAUCCAAAAGACGAGCAAAAUGAGAAGACAAUUAAAGUCGACGCUUCAAUUGGCUUCUACCGGGCAACAGAAUGACAACGGCGGCGACCCAGUGGAGAAGAAAGUGACGGUGAUGGUCGCCGUCAUGAUUGGAGCUUUUAUAAUGGCCUGGACUCCGUAUUCGAUCCUGGCUCUUAUCGAAACGCUCAUUAGCGAUACAGCAAACAUGACCGAUUAUUCAAAUACGACAAUAAUCAACCGCGAUGGAAAUUUCUUUUACAACGGAACUGUUUCACCUGCUUUGGCCACAAUACCUUCAUUGUUCGCAAAAACGUCUGCUGUUCUCAAUCCUCUUAUUUACGGCCUUCUAAACACUCAGGUAUUUAUCAAUCGCAUUCAUUCUUUUAGCUUUUUUUUUAAACAUCAAUUAUUGGAACAGUUCCGAUCGGCUUGGAAGAAAUUUUCAUCACGGUUCAUCUGCCGAAGGAAAUACCGCCAUAAAAAGCGCAAGUGUGGCAAUCAGAAUUUCGCGAUUACUAAUCAAGAAGGGCGUAAUAAUUAUUUACGGAGAUUAUUCAACUGUGCUGGACGAUCUAACUCGUUGGCCAUCGUCCAACGCUCCAGCACGAAAGAAAUGGUUUCUAGUUAUUCGCAAAAUGCAUCCGCAUUGCCAAAACAAGAUGCCAGCAAUACGCUCAUUCCGCCAGUCCCGCCCAAUUCGCAAUACGACGCUGUCGAAUGCGAGGACUUGAAUGUGUAGAUUACACUCAAUCAACACAAUUUUAGCCAAAUCUUGUUGUCGAAAAAUGUUUCUAACUAUUUAAUACGUUACUUAAUCAUCUUCUCAUUUUUAAAUGUUUACGUCAACAUGCCUCAAUCGCGUCAAAUGUUUUUCUCCCACCUCCAUCGUUAUUCUUAGAAUUAUACCUUGGAUAAUCUAUAAAUAUUUACACUAAUUUUUCGACUCACGCGUGCUUAAGGGCCAAACCAAAACAUAAUUGACAGAUGGAAUGUAACUUGUUUUACGAUAACGAU